CCAGUAUUCUGAUGUCUACAUCAAGGCUGUCGUUGCCAGUGACAUCGCCACGAAGUUGACCGCUGUCCGCUCCGAGUUCGAAGGCCUAGUCAGCUCUGCCGUCAGCGAGACGGUCAAGUCCAGCAAUUCGAACAUCCUCGCCACAUUUGAUGUUCUGCGCAAGCAGAUCGAAGCCCAGCCCGCGGAUAUGGACCAGCAUGCCAUGCAA